GGUAGCUCUGUUUUACCUUUUAACUUAAAAUGGCUCUUAUUAUUUCGUGUUUGGGGUAUGUCACAGUCUCGGGGUGCGGUUUCGUGAGAGAGAGAAGACAAAGGAGGAGGAUAUAGGGGAGACAGGCUAGGCAGGCCUUCAGGGCAAAGUUGAGGAAGGGCCGCUGCUGCUGCCGGUUCCCAUAGUCGUGCCCUUCCAGCCCAGGCAUCUAAGCCACGGCGCGGGCACCGGGAGCCGGACGGACGCUGUUGCUUCUUCCUAUUGCACAUGGACCCCCUCAGGGUAAACAGCUGUGUGAAGAGCAAUGAGCAUGUCCUGGAAGAGUUGGAAACAGAAGGGGAAAGGCAGCUGAAAAGCCUCCUUCAGCAUCAACUUGACACCUCUGUGUCCAUUGAGGAAUGUGUAUCUAAGAAAGAGAGCUUUGCUCCUGGUACUAUGUACAAGCCCUUUGGGAAGGAAGCAGCUGGGACUAUGACUUUGUCCCAGUUCCAAACACUACAUGAGAAGGACCAGGAAACUGCUUCUCUCAGGGAACUAGGGCUCAAUGAAACAGAAAUCUUGAUCUGGAAGAGCCAUGUUUCAGGUGAAAAGAGGACAAGACUGAGGGCAACCCCUGAAGCAAUACAGAACUGUCUUCAAGAUAUUGAAGAAAGGAUAUCAGAGCAUCAUCGCAUCCUUUGCCUGCCGCAGAGAUUUGCAAAGAGCAAACAGCUGACCCGGCGAGAAAUGGAAAUAGAAAAGUCUUUAUUUCAGGGAACUGAUCGUCACUCCUUCCUUAAGGCUCUUUAUUAUCAAGCAUACCACAAAAAGACAAGUGCAGACAAGUACAUGACCUCAAUGAAGAGGAAGAUAAAAUUAGGCACAAAAGAUGAACCCCAAAAGAAGAACAAAGGUGAUCCCAUGAACAACCUGGAAAGUUUUUACCAAGAGAUGAUAAUGAAAAAACGUCUUGAAGAGUUCCAUCUUAUGAGAGGUGAACCCUUUGCUUCCCACUCACUGGUCUCAGCUACAUCAGUGGGAGAUAGUGGCACAGCUGAGAACCCGCCAUUACUCCAGGACAAGGGAGAACAGGCAGCACAGGGUAAAAGUCCCAGUCUCCAUGUGGCAAAAGUUAUUGAUAAUUCACCUGAGCAGUGUUGGACUGGGCCUAAGAAGCUGACGCAGCCAAUAGAAUUUGUCCCAGAAGAUGAGAUCCAGAGAAAUCGUUUGUCAGAGGAAGAGAUCCGAAAAAUUCCUAUGUUUUCUUCAUAUAAUCCAGGGGAGCCAAACAAGGUGUUAUACCUGAAGAACCUUAGCUCUCGGGUGACUGAAAGAGAUCUUGUCUCAUUGUUUGCUCGGUACCAGGAGAAAAAAGGACCUCCAGUUCAAUUCAGGAUGAUGACUGGACGAAUGAGGGGACAAGCUUUUAUCACCUUUCCCAAUAAGGAGAAGGCAUGGCAAGCAUUUCAUCUAGUAAAUGGAUAUAAACUACAUGGGAAAAUAUUGGUAAUAGAAUUUGGAAAGAACAAAAAGGAACAGUCAAAUCUCCAGGCUGUGUCUCUCAUAUCAUCUACUACAGAAAGCACUACAGAAAUUAGUGGUAGCUAGAAGAUAUAUACAUUGUGAUCCCAGGAGGUAUUUCUCGCAUCAGAAUCUCUGAUCUAGGAUUUCAAUAUAGAUAGCAGUUUGUUUGGAAUUGAAGUAGAGAAAAAUCUAAUUAAGAUAAUCCCUUUAGCUUUUAGAAAGAAUUGGUAGAAAGCAUUUUUAUAAUCAAAGAUUCUAUAGGACAGACAAGAUGCUGAGUCUGAAGUGUAUGGUAUAAAGAGUAUCAUUUUUUUGAGAUAAAUUAUAAAGGAUUAUUUCCAAGGAUUUAACAAAAUAUUUAUAGUUUAUCUGUGGUUUUAAAGACUUGUCCCUUGAGAUAAUAUUGUUUCUAAGAUUGUCUCCUAUAUACAAAACUAAAAACCUAAAUGUUGAAAUAUUUAUUUAUUAGAACCCAUUUGUCCCUAAUUGUAUUUAUGUAGUAAAUAAAUCACCAUGGCCCCAGGUCUAAACAUCAAUAAAUGCUGUUAAAUGAGAACUAUCAGCAAUAACAGUAGUUUCAUAAGUCAGUACACAUAUUUAAUGAAUACUUCCCAUUAAGUUAUCAAUGGUUUCAAAAAGCCAUAUAUUUUUCUAAUGAAAGCAUCUAGAUGUAAAUAUUGAUGUUCUCCUCAUCAGUUAUAGCUAGCUACCACUGAGUAAUCAUUGAAUUCAAAGCAAUAACAAUCAGAUAAGCAUCCAGUAUAUGUUAGGUAUUAGGUAUAUGCAUUUAAGAGGAACAUACUAGCAAAAAAUACUAAAGGGAAGAUGGGAGGAAAGAGUCCUCUAGAAGAGAGGCAGCCAAUCCCAAAUACCCCAGUUGUUGAUUUAUAGUUGCUGAAGAAUAGAAAGACAAUAGGGUAUAGAGAAGGUAGUACAAACUUUGGACUCAAACCUUUGUUUGAAUUUCACAGCCAUACUUAUCAUUCCAUGACCAUGGCAAGUCACUUAACCUGAACCUCAGUUUUCUCAUCUAUAAAUUGAGGAAAAUAAUACUACUUACCUUGUUGGGUAGUGAGAAUUCAAUGAGAUGGUAUUAUCCAGAUUAAAGAGCAGGAAAAAAAAAGAAGAAAAAACUGAACAGAGUAUAGGACCAUUAACCCUGUGGAAGUCACAGUAAAAUAAUUACAGCAUAUGUCUCAUGUAUCGCAGAGAUAUAUUCAUUAUUAAUAUAUGAUAAAAUGUGAAAAAAAUUAAAAACAAACAUUUGCAUUUAUUAUGUUUAUAUAAUAAAAUACAUAAUUUUUAAUUUAUUUUCAGUCACAAUUUAGAAAUUAAAGAAAUAUAAAAACAUAAAGAAUAAUUUUUCUUUUUCAAAUAAUGGAUACAUGGAUAUUGCUAAAAAUAUAACCCAAAAAAGUCUAUAACAUUAAUUAAUCAGAAUCUUCAUAGUUGGCUUUGCCAAACAUUUGUAACAGUCAUUGCAAACAAUAUUGUUAUGCUCAAGGCAUACAUAAUUUUUCACAACACUGGCAAAAAUAUUUUGAUAAGCGCCUCGCUUUGGAUGCAUAGCACCUAACACACCUUCAAAACAUGUUACAACCCAACUGAUGGCUUAAAGGUUAUGGUUUAACAUUAGUCACGUACAAACAUGCAGCUAGUCAUGACCUUGAACCUAUGCACCCAGUAUAUGUAACAAUAUUUAAGAGAAGAGUUUGUAUCUCUCAGAUCAGCCACGACCUCCUCAGGGUUAAGGACUCCAACAUACUUGUAACUGGAGUACCAGAAAAAAGACAAGAGAAAGAAAGCAGAAAAAAUUCUAAUAAAUAAUGGCUGUAAACAUCCAAAAUUUGAUGAGAAACAUUAUCUACUCAUCCAAGAAUUUCAGUGAACCCCAAGAACAGUAGACAAGAAGAAAUCCACAGACACAUUAUAAUAAAGGUGCUAAAACAAAGAUAGUUUGGAAACAACAUCAAAAAAAUGAACCAUUAUUCUCAAUGGAACCCCAAUAAGAUUAAUAACUGACUUCUCAUCAGAAGUAAUGGAGAUGGCAGUGGGAUGACAUAUUCAAAGUGCUCAAGGAAAAAAAAAACUCAAUAUAGAAUCCUGCAUCCAAUAAAAGUAAUUUUAAAAAAUGAAGAUUAAAUAAAGACAUCCCCACAUAAUCAAAAACUGGAAGAAUAGGUUGCUGGCACACGUAAUUUACAGGAAAUAUUAAAGGAAAUUCUUCAGGUGGAAAGUAAGUGACCUCAGACAGUAACUUGAAUCUAUACACAUAAAAAUAUAGCAUGGGUAAAGUUAAUUGUGUAAUUAUAAAAUUUCAUCUAGAUGCAUUUUCCUUUAUUUUAAUUGAUUUAAAAAUCAAUUUUAUAAAACAGUAUGUAUAUAGUUGCCCUUUGGGGCCUGUAACAUAUGAAACUGUUGCCAGUAACAGGACAAAGGAUGUGGGUGGAAGCAAAACUUAAAGAACUAACUACAGGUGGUAACUCAAAUCUGCUGAAAUAAAUGAAGAAAACAUAAAAUGGGAAAUAAAGUUAUUAAAAAGCUAUAAAUAUAUACUUUUCUCUCACCUUCUUUAAAAGACAAAAUUAUGUUCAAUUAUUACAAUGUAUUGUUGGAUUUAUAACAGAAAUAUCUAUAACAGUAUCAUAAAGAAGUAGAAAAAUGAAUAGGUUUAUAUAAGAAUAAGGUUUUAAUAUCUCAUUGGGAUUAUGAUAUAUUUGAAGCCAAUUUGGUUAAGAUGUGCAUGGUAAACCCUUAGAGCAACAACUAAGAAAUAACUGAAAAUAGUGAAAAUAUUAUUAAACAGAUUUAAGUGUCCCAAUAGAAAAAUAUCAGUGUAAAACCAUACAAAAAGAGGAAUGGAGAAACAAAAACAAGAAAAAUUU